AUGGAGUCAAAUCAGUCACAGCCGGCACCCGAGGUGGAACUUGUUCUUCAAGCAGCAGCUAGAGGCUUUUCGUUUUAUCCCCCAUACCAGGAGGCACCGAAGCAGAAGAGCUGCUUUGGGAAGACCGAGGAGAUCAGUGUCCUGACGCGAGGUGAUGCAUCGGUUCUGGAGAUGAUCAUUCAGCAUUUCCAGUUGGAACAUUGGAGCGUUGAUGUGAUUUCUGCGAUGAGGCGACCUGAACGACGACCAAGUCGACGUCCCAGUCUGGGCCAUCCGAAGAUCCGAAAAGAUAGCAUUCCAGAUGCUUCACCUUCGGUUGCUGCCCUGGGCACCGCGGGUGCUGCCCUGGACACCGCACCCAUGGCGCCGCGGCAAAUCUCAGGAGGCUCCGAGGUUUCACGGAGAUCGGCCUCGAAGCAGGCGCUCACUUACCCGCUUCGUCGCAUGUCGACAGGUGGGUGGUCUAAGCAUCAAACAUGGGAGAAAUGA